UGUAGAAAUCGGGUUCCACAACCUACGAAAAAGGCGGGAUCCUUCCUAGUAUCGUCGGCCAUGCUGCCAGGUCGCCACCUUUCCCGCCGUGCUGACGCAUCCGGCACGGGGGCCCUCCUGCCGGCCGCCACCCGCGCGGCGGUGGCGGAGUUCAUUGCCACGGCCAUGUUCGUGUUCGCCGCCGAAGGCUCCGUCUACGGCCUCUGGAAGCUGUACAAGGACACGGGGACGCCGGGUGGCCUGCUCGCGGUGGCCAUCGCGCACGCGCUGGGGCUGGCCGCCGCGGUGGCGGUGGCGAGCAAUGCGUCGGGUGGGCACGUCAACCCGGCCGUCACGUUCGGCGUGCUCGUGGGACGGCGCAUCUCGUUCGGGCGUGCCGCUGUCUACUGGGCUGCGCAGCUGCUCGGCGCCGUGGUCGCGGCGUUGCUCCUAAGGCUCAUCUCGGGAGGCACGCGCCCCGUGGGCUUCGAGCUCGGCCACGGCGUUCACGAGCGGCACGCCCUCCUGCUCGAGGCCGCUAUGACGUUCGGGCUCAUGUACGCCGUGUACGCCACUGCGGUGGACCGGAGCCGCGGCGUCAUCGGCGCGAUCGCGCCCCUCGCCAUCGGCUUCGUCCUGGGCGCGAACAUUCUCGCCGGAGGCCCGUUCGACGGCGCGGCGAUGAACCCGGCGCGGGCGUUCGGGCCCGCGAUCGUCGGCUGGAGCUGGCGCCACCACUGGGUUUACUGGGUCGGGCCGCUGAUCGGCGCCGGUCUGGCUGGCGCGCUGUAUGAGUUCGUCAUGGUUAAGCAGCAACCUGAGGCGGCGCCGGCAGCUGCAGCCCAUCGGCUCCCCUUGUCCGCUGAGGAUUACUGAGCUGCAU